AUGGAACGGAAGGAACAGGUAGAAGCUGCAGCAGCACGAGCUGCGGCAGAAGGAGCACCAGUGGGAGCAGCCGCAGCUGCUGCUGCGGGUACUACAGCAGCAGCAGCUGCUGCAGCGGCAGCGGCCGAUGCCCCUCUUGGCGCUCCUGCUGCAGCGGCAGCAGCAGAGGCUGCUGCUGCAGCAGCUGAAGGCUUCAGCAGAGUGUCAUUGUGCAUCUGCUCACGUUGGUCAUCUCCUUGGUGGAGUCAACACCAACCUGCUGCUGGUGCUGCUGCUGCUGCUGCUGCUGCUCCUGGAGUAUGUGAAGGCGCAGCAGACACCCUUGAAGCAGAUUCCGGGGUGACAGCUCUCCCCUCAGCUGCAGCGGCGGCGCAGCAAGACGGAGGCGAAGUAGAGAGCCUUAUUCUUCUGCGCGACGACAGCAGCAGCGGCGGGACUGGCAGUAGCAGCAACAGCAGCAACAUUGAAGAUUCCCACAUCUGCAGCUUCUUGCUGCAGGUCUCCUCCAGCAGCUACUACAGGGGCUUGCUGCGAUCUUCUGACCUUCUGGGGCCUCUUCGCGGCAGCGCACCUGCUGCAGCAAGUGUUGCUGCAGCGCUUGGCGGAAGCAGCAAAAGCAGCAGCAGCAACAACAAAGUGGUGCUCGUGCUGCACCUUGCCCAGCCCCUCUCCGCGUCGGCUUCAGGCCAUCCACCCGGAACAGCAGAAGCUGCAGCAGCAGCAGCAGCUGAUGGGACGCAGCUGGUUCUAACGUUGGUUCUGAGGAGCAGCAGCCUGUUGUGCGUGCCGCUAUGUCGCCCGAUUGUGCUGCAGCCUGUGUCUGCUGCUGCUGCUGGCCGGAGCUUUUUUGCUGCUGCGCUGCUGCAGCAACGAGCGCAGCAGCAGCUUCUGGAGAGCUUUCGCGCUGCUGCAACAGAUGCGGUGCAGCAGCUGCAGGAAAAUGCUCCUCAACGAAAAGAAACAGCAUUGCCGUCAUCUGCAGCAGCAGCUGCUGCUGUUGCGUCAUAA